UUGAGCUCCUUUCAGCAAAAGUGGUAAUGAUUUUGGAGGCUCCGUCUUGCAUAACUUGGCGAUAGAAGCUAGAAAAACGAUUAAAAUCCGCGAAAUAGUGAAGUAUUCGUUAAAUUUCGUCAGAUUUCCUGCCCUGAUUUGGUGUAUUGAUUGAUUGUGGUCGAUCUUUGAUCCACAAACAGGUAAACGUCACGCAAACAUAGCUUGGCAUUUCUGAGUCAAGUUUUCUCUUAGAGCUGCUGGCUUGGAUCGAUGAGGAAAUCAAAAGCCGAAGAAUUUUCAUAUCAAACAGCGAGAACCCAUGAAGAAUCGGAGCUAAUAGAGGAUUGAAGGGUAAAAAGCUAAAUUCAAGAACAAGUCACAAACGGACAAUGUGAGGAAGGUCCUUUUGAUGUGGUUAUAGAGAGAGGUUUUAUUGCAGCUAUUGAUAGAUGCAAAGGAGAAUGUGGAAACGAUAAACUAACUUGUCAUUAUUUAACCCCGGGCUUUAUUGACAUUCACAAUCAUGGCAUGGGUAGGAUUCCAAUUUUGAACAUUGUUUCGACAAUUUUCCUAAACGGCUUGAUAAUACGUGUAAUAUAAAAUGAUUAGAUUAUGCAUGCCAUAUUUAUGUCUUUUUAGUCUGGUCAUAAUGAAAACUUCAUGUUAACCCUGUGAUCUGAUUGUUAAUUCUCCCCUCUAAAAUGUGUCAACAUUCAGUGUUAGAUCAAGAUAAAAACUUCUAUUUGAUGAGCUUGAGUGUUCCCUUGACCAAUUUUCUGGAUGAUGCAUGGAAACUGUAGGGAAAAGUUACAUGUUCAUCACUUCUGGGAGUUAAAGGGUUAAGUGCAGUAAUCUUAGGGAUACACGUGAUAAGAUGGGGAAAAGGCAGGAGCUCUUGCACAGAGGAGAAGGGGCCCUCUUUCUAACCCUACACAAGACAAGUAAGGGCACUCUGGCUUGAUUCUUUUUAAGGAACUUAAGAAGACUGAUUCAUGAUGCAUCACCACACCAAAAAAACCUUUGCCCACAGUGCCCACUCAACUUUUAGGCUGUAACCUCUAAAAGUUAUAUUGCUCAUUGCUAUGAUAAAUAAAGUGACUGAGUGGUUGAUAGAUUUUUUUCUUUCAUAUGGUAAAAAUAAAGCUACUAAAGUUGGUUUUUGGCUGAUAUUAUUGUUAGGUGGGGCAGAUGAUGUAACAGAGUUUUGGUGUAAUCCAGACUUUACAAGAUCUAGACUUAUUCAAUAUGGAACAACAUCAUUUUUGGCAUCAGUGGUCUUUCCUGAUCAUCCUCUUGGUGAGAAGGAGGACAAAAUCCUGAAAAUACUUGAAAGCCAUGUGGGACUUAUUGAUGGAAAUGGAGCAGUUUUAGAAGGAAUCCAUUCUGAGGGACCCAUUAUCACAGAUCUUGGUGCUAUGCCACAAAGUUACAACGACAUGACCUCUGACGAGUUUGAGCAGCUCCUUGAUAAGAUGCCUCAUUUGAAAGUCAUGACGAUCAGCCCUCAUGCAGAAGCAUCUCACAAUUACAACAGAAUUAAAUGCCUGCUGAGAAGGGAAGUGGUCCCAGCCCUUGGCCAUGAUAAACAGGCCACUGAGGAGGAAAUUCUCACUGCUUUGUCACUCAGCAAAAGUCAACAGCUUCAUUUGACACAUCUUUUUAAUGUCUGUUCCUUCCAUCACAGAUCUCCAGGUCUUGUUAACUUUGGACUCCUGGAUGAAUUGCCAAACCUUUCAAAGUAUAGAGGAAUAAAAACCCCAACAGUAGAAAUCAUAGGAGAUCUAGCACAUGUAGAUCCUAUGGCUGUUUCAUUGUUGUUAAAAGCCCGCCACUUCAAAAACAUUGCCUUUAUUACAGACUGUGUUCUAGAAGGCAUCCCCGGAAAAACUGUCAAGUAUGGAAGCAAACAAAUUCAGGUUUCUCCCAGUGGCCGUACUCUGUCAAUUGCAGGAACAAAUACCUUGGCUGGAAGUUGUGGCACUCUCCUUGGUGCUUUUCACUCCCUGAUUCACAUAUUUAGAGUUCCUUUGGGAGAUGCUGUAGCAAUGUUAUCUGAAAACCCUGCCAGAAUUGCAAAGAUCUCCCAUACAGGACUCAUAGAAGUGGGAAAAAGAGCUGAUCUAUUAUUGUUUGAUACACAGUUAAACCUCUCAAGAACAAUUGUAUCUGGAAAAGUAGUUUUUCAAACAAACUAGAACUACCUCUCUAUAAAAAUGUGUAUAGAUGGUGGAGACUUCUUAAGAAAUUUGCUCAAUUUGUUUGAACUUAUACUGGAUUCAAGUAACUUUAUAUUCAUACAAAUUAACAUUUUAAAAUGUAUAAAAGUUAUAAAAAAGACAUUUCAUGAGGUGGAUAGUUAGAUAAAUAAUUAAUAAAAAUAUUCAUAUUCACAGCCUCCUGAGGCUAAAUUACAUGACAUUUUCAAAAAGUAAGUGAUAUAUACUUUUAUUAUACUUGUGGUAGGGGUUAUCAGCUGAAGGCUGAGGGUGAUAACCCUUACAGAGACCUUGCUUAUUCUGGAUAUCACAAAAACUGAAUCUAAUAAUUGUUUUAUUAUACAUUGAAUAAAAAAAAUGGUCACAACA